AUGGCCCCGUCCGUUCUUAUCGUGUGUCUGGGGAACAUAUGUCGCUCUCCCAUGGGCGAAGCCGUUCUAAGGCAUGUAGCAAAGGAACGCGGGAUUGAUCUCACCGUAGACUCGGCGGGCACUUCGCGUUACCACAUCGGCGAGGGUCCUGACUACCGCACUGUAGAAGUGUGUCGCGAACAUCUUGUACCAAUCCGGCACUCCGCACAACAAGUCACAGCAGAGGACUUUCGCAAAUUCACGCAUAUCCUCGCCGCUGAUGAAGCGAAUCUGCGCAGUCUCGAGCAGAAGAAGCCGCGCGAUGCGACGGCCGAGGUGAAGCUUUGGGGCUCGUACCUUGACAAUAAGCCUAUCGGAGACCCGUACUAUGGCGGCAUGAAAGAUUUUGAGGAAUGUUACCAGCAAUGCGUGAACUUGUCAAACGCAUUCCUGGACAAGGUCAUCGGAAAGUAG